GACCUGGGUGUUGUGGUUUAUCCCCAGCCAGCAACUAAACGCCACGCAACCACUCACUCACUCCCCCCACCCCUGUGGGAUGGGAGAGAGAAUUGGAAGGUCCGAAGUAAGAAAACUCGUGAGUUGAGGUAAGAACAGUUUAAUAAAUAAAAUAAAAGAGUAAUAACAACAAUAAUAAUAAUAGUAAUAUAAUGAAAAAGAAAAUAAUGACAGAGAGGGAGAGAUGUACCCUCAGCAGGAGGGAAAAAAAUCCACGCAAGAAGUGAUACAACUGCUCACCACCUGCCAACCAACACUGCCAGUCCCCGAGCCACAAUAGCUGCCUCCCCCGGCCAGCUCCUCCCCGUUAACAUACUGGGUGUAACAUCACAUGAUAUGGAAUAUCCCUUUGGCCAGUUUGGAUCCGCUCUCCUGGCUGUGCCCCCUCCCCUCCGGCUUCUUGUGCCCCCGGCAGAGCCUGGGGAGCUGAAGAGCCCUUGACUAGUACACUAGAAGCCGUGCUAAGGCAGAUGGAGGUCAGGGAGGUGAUUCGAAGCAGCCAGCACAGCUCCACCAAGGGCAAGUCCUGCCUGACCAACCUGGUGGCUUUCUGUGAUGGAGUGAUUGCAGCAGUGGACAAGGGAAGAGCUAUGGAUGUCAUCUAUUUGGUCUUCUGUAGGGCCUUUGACAAGGUCCCCUGCAACACCCUUUGUUCUCAUAUCAGUAGGCAGCUUCUCUCCCAUGAGCGCAGGCAGCAGUGUUUGCAGGGGCAGAGAUGGCUCCUCGGCUUGCGCAUCCGCAGGAAUCCCAUCACCGUCUACAUCCUUAACCUGGCCGUCGCUGACUUCACCUUCCUCCUCUUCAUGGCCACCUCGGCACUCCUCUACAUCGUGGAGAACGUCUUCUGCUCCCCUGAUGUCCUGAAGUACCAGAGGUUGCUUCUCCUGUCCUCACUCUUCUCCUACAACAUGGGCCUAUACCUCCUGACGGCCAUCAGCAUCGAGAGGUGUUUGUCCGUCCUCUGCUCCAGCAUCUGCCGCCCCCAGCACUUGUCGGUCAUGGUGUGUGCCCUGCUCUGGGCCCUCUCCAUCACUGUCAUUGCUACAGUGACUACUCUGUGCCUGUUGCAUGAGCACGAGCACUGCCAGAAGGCUCUCAUCUCCAUGUACGUCCUCAACUUCCUUAUCUUUGCACCACUCAUGGUCAUUUCCAGCACAGUCCUCUUCAUUAAGGUCCUGUGUGGCUCCCAGCGGCGCCAAUACAAGAGGCUCUACAUCGUUAUCUUCCUCAUCGUCCUGUUCUUCCUCCUCUUUGCUCUUCCCCUCAGCAUCUGGCAUUUCCUGAAGCAGGUCAGCUACCUCACCGCCAUGCCAUCCCAGAUAAUUUUCCUGCUCGCCUGCAUCAACAGCAGCAUCAAGCCCUUCAUCUACUUUUUGGUUGGGAGCUGCCGGAGGCACUGCUCCUUGGCGUCCCUCCGGGUCGCCUUCAGGAGGGUCUUUGAGGAGCCAGAAUACAACGCAGCAUGCAGCAAUGAUACUGUGAUGGAAACGCUGGCCCCGGCCUCUUGAAGCCUUCCCGCCGCUCUGCUUAACGCCCCUGGCAUGGGGCUGAGGGUUUCCUUGGGUAACCGGAUCAAUAAAUGUUUGCAGUCUUUCCCCCGACGUCACCCUCUCGCGGUGCAACUCUGCCACCUGCAGAAGAGGAGAGCAGGGGCACGGCCAAGGUUGGGGUGGGGAGGGCUGCCCUGCGAGGAGCGUGUUGGAGCACGGCUCCCCUCCGCCCCGCCCGCCCAGCCCAGCCCCGAGGGCACUGCUCCCCCGAGGGGAUCGUGCCCCAGAGGACCCCGGUCCCAUCUCACACGCUGUCGGCUUUUUGGCAGUGCUGGGUUAGCGGUUGGACUCGAUGAUCUUAAGGGCCUUUUCCAACCUUAACGAUUCUAUGAUUCUCUGAUUCCAUGUACGGAAGGGAGGUAACAGCAUUUGGUGGCCUAAGCCCCUCUCCCCAUCCCGCAGCCCAGCCCGCGCAGCUCCUCCGAGCUCUGCUCCCCUCCCGCCCCCUGCAAUGCCGGCGGGGGGACCGC